CACAUCACUACAAAGCUCAGGGUAAUGGCUUCUGUGCGCGACAGGCUCACUAGGCUCUCAAAAUGAAGCGACGGAGGGUGUAUUUAUUAUAGCAAAAGGGUUGUAGAAGGGUUUGUAGGUGCGGAAUUGGAGUGAGAGGCAGCAGAGUUGACAGCAGUUGAGAUCUUUCAUCUGUCCAGCGCGAUGAUCAAGCUGAAGUCGAACCAGACUCGCACGUUUGACAGAGACGGCUAUAAAAAGCGCGCGGCCUGCCUGUGCUUCAGGAGUGAGCGCGAGGAGGAGGUUUUGUUGGUGAGCAGCAGCAGUCAUCCUGAUAGAUGGAUUGUUCCUGGAGGAGGGAUGGAGCCAGAGGAAGAGCCCAGUGUUGCUGCUGUCAGGGAGGUGUGCGAAGAGGCAGGAGUAAAAGGCAUGUUAGGAAGGUUGGUAGGCAUUUUUGAGAACCGAGAUCGAAAGCACAGGACGUACGUCUAUGUUCUCAUCGUAACUGAAGUGCUGGAAGACUGGGAAGAUUCAGUGAACAUCGGUAAGAGUACCGGUACAGUAGAAAACAUUGGUAGGAAGAGGGAGUGGUUUAAGACAGAAGAUGCUCGGUGUGUGCUGCAGUGUCAUAAACCUGUGCAAGCAUCUUACUUUGAAGCUCUUCAGCAGGACUGUAUGAGCAGUAACGGCACUUAUAGCAUCAAUCAAAACUCUCUCUUCAGUGUCGGAUAACCACCACAACAGACACAGAAACAUCGGCACAAUUCUCAAUGUUUUUAUACCUUUUCUUACAGACUGAACUCCUACAGCAACCACUAUUGGCACCACUAUUUUUAUUUCAGCACAUUAAUGGCACCAUGUUAGAAUGAAAGAGAAUUGCCUUACCAGCCUUUUUAGCAUCCAGAUGGAAACUUGAUUUAUGUGAUAAAAGAUCAGAACACUUUUCAAAUGGAAAUGUACUUGUUUCUUAACCAUUUUUUUUUUUUUCUUCAUUUUUCACGAAUAAUUGCAUGCUAUUGUCCUCUCCUAUAGCCAAACACAAGGUUUACAGAAUGCAACUACAUUUUACUAUUGUGUCGUGGAAUAAUAACUGGUGUUUAAAGAGAAAGGAUGUGUUUGUAAUAAUGUUGUGGUAAUGUUUGGCCCUUUCAUUCUGCUGUGUUUUGCUGUUUAUAUGAGUUGGUUGAAUUAUUGCAUGAGCAUGUCUUAUUAAUGAUCUUAAAAUACAGAGGAGUCUUAGGCUUAUGUGAAAUAAACUAAAACAAAUGAAGAUGUUUUGUUGACAACAGCAACAGAAGGGGCCAUUUGACUAAUAUUAAUGUUAGUUUAGUGUUUGCUGUGCAUGCUGUUUUUGCAUAUCCAUAAUCUUUUGUAAAUCGCUAAACAACAGAAAGGUCUUACAUUUGAUUACAAAAUGGUUGAAAUCUUAGUCUGUCAUGCCAGUAUUCGAUCUCAUGUUGGUAAUUUCCAAACAACAUAUCUCAUAUUUGCAGCUACUGUCCCGAUUCGUUUUCAAGAAUUCACUGGUUAGGAUUCAUCCAUGUCUACAUUUUUCCUGAAAAGUGACAGUAGAUUGAAGUAUUUUAUUUGUUGUAGUAGGUUUUCUGGGCAUUUGGUCCCAAAUGGUGAAAAGGGUAAAGUGGCUUAAAUGAUGCUGGUCAGUCCAGUUUAUUGAAUGCACUUGUUAUCUUGGGGUACCAGGUUUGUAGUUUUAAAAUGAAAGAAUCAAAGAGAUCUAAUGGAGAAGAAAUGUUUUGGAAGGAUAAGCAUUUAUAGCAUGAUGGUCAGUGGUUGAGAUGUACACUUGAUCUCAGCAGCUGCUGAUGUGAGAGUAUAUGGAGCUAGAAUGACGGCAAAAGUAUUUAAAUAUGAAUUUUGUUAAUUGCAAUUCUAGAACGUUCUAGAUGUGACAACAAAAUAAAAGAUUUGCGUGAUAGUCAAAAGACAUGAUGCCAAGUUUAGCUACCUAAUAAAUGGCCUCAUGGGUUGCCAUUUAUUAAGACAGGGCUGUUUUUCAUUUAAAUGUUUACAAUGUGAUAGUAGUUUCUCUUUAGACACUGGAUACUCACUGACCUCUUCUCAUUUGUUAUAGAUAACUGUUAAUAAUGGUGUCAUUUUGAUUUUCAGAGGCACUUUUGUAGUUCUUAGUUGUACAAUUAUGAAAAUACUGUAUGUUGCAAUGAUGAAAACAUGAUUUUCACAAACACACACUUCAGACAAACAUGAUGUAAUUUUGGGACUUUUUGGGAAAAGUCAGUCUUAUCAGUUUUUCAAAAUGUUUAUUCGGAUAGCUCAAGUGAAAAUGUAUGGUGGAUCAUUUGUUAAAUCCUCUCCAUUGUAUUUUUUUGUGGUUUUGGGUUAAUAAUAUGAAAACAGAAGUGUCCUGUUUUCUGGUGGUAAGAUUAAUCAACUAAACCCAAUCUCAUAUGUGUGUGUAUAUAAACCAAUAUACAUGUGGCACAACAAUAUUAUAAUUGACAUAUAUUCAGUUGAUUCCUUUUUAGAUCAUACGGUUUGUCAUUGUCUGCCCAUUUGUCAUUAUUAGUGGAAUGUAAGCAAUCAUCAAAACACUCAUACCUUUGAUACAGAGCAUUUCAUAUAGUGUAAUUUUGGUGGCUGAUAUACUGAACUAAUAGCAGAUCCUUUUACGUUCAUUCGUUGCAUUAUUGGGGAAAAUAAGUUUUUCACUGAUCAAAUUUUUUUAUUUUCGUGUACAAUAUUCAUUAAUAAUUUUUUAAUCAUUGUUUUAAAUAUUGCUGUUUUAUUUUUAACAUUUACUUUGACCAGUCCAUUUAGCCCUUUUAUAAAAUUUCAAGUGAUUCAUCUAUAUUUCUUUAAGUUGAUUUUGGAUUCAUGCAAAAGAAAAUUAGACUCCAGAUUGUACAAACGUUGGUCCACAAUCUAUCAAUAAAACCUAUCAAC